AUGACUGUGAUCUGCGUCCUCAUCUGGACUCUCCUCUGCUGCUGCUUCACAGGUAAAGUCCAGAGAAUCCAACUCCUCUCCUCCAUGAACAUCCGUCCCUCUGAAAUGAAGCCCACAAAACCAUGACGCUGCUUUCUGUGUUUGUCUCUGUGUCCUCAGAGUCCAGAGGACAGGUCACAGUGACUCAGCCUGCAGCUGUGACCUCUGCUCCAGGAGGAACCGUCACCAUCUCAUGUAGGACCAGUCACGAUGUUGUUAGCUAUAACUACUUAUCCUGGUACCAACGGAAGGCUGGAGAAACUCCUAAACUGCUCCUUAGAUACACCAGUCAGCUGUUAUCAGGGACGUCGAGUCGUUUCUCCGGCAGUGGAUCAGGAUCCAGUUUCACUCUGACCAUCAGUGAAGUCAUGACUAAAGAUGCAGCAGUUUAUUACUGUCAAGGAGCGAACUACAUCAACAGUGUGUACGUGUUCACACAGUGA